AUGGAUAGAUUCCAGAAAGUCUGGGAGCUUGAAAAUGCCGCCAAGCUGGUUGAUCCUCAGCGCGACGCCCUCUAUGCCUACGACGAUGCUGAGCAAAAAAGUAUCAGCAAUGAAAGUCCAUGGAAGAAAGAUCCACACUACUUCAAAAACGUCCGCAUUUCUGCUGUCGCUCUGCUCAAGAUGGUAAUGCAUGCACGCUCUGGAGGAUCAAUAGAAGUCAUGGGCCUUAUGCAAGGAAAAAUCUCGGGUGACACAUUCAUUGUUACGGACGCUUUCAGGUUGCCUGUCGAAGGCACCGAGACCCGAGUUAACGCAUCAGACCAGGCCAACGAGUACGUUGUCCAAUAUCUAGCGUCAUGUCGAGAGAAUGGGCGUGCAGAGAACGCCAUUGGGUGGUAUCACAGCCAUCCGGGCUACGGGUGCUGGCUAUCGGGAAUCGACGUCGACACGCAAUUGACGCAGCAAAUGUUCCAAGACCCUUUUCUCGCUGUGGUCAUAGAUCCAGACCGUACGAUUUCUGCCGGCAAGGUGGAGAUUGGCGCUUUUCGAACAUUCCCCAAAGAUUACCAGCCAGCAGCAAGCGGCGGAGGAGAUGGCUAUCAGACAAUACCACUCGCAAAGAUCGAGGACUUCGGCGCACACGCAAGCAGAUACUACUCCUUAGAGAUCUCACAUUUUAAGAGCACGCUGGACUCACAUCUACUGGAACUGCUGUGGAAUAAGUACUGGGUAUCUACGCUCAGCCAGAGUCCACUGUUCACCAAUCGUGAGUACGGCAGCAAGCAAAUGUUGGAUUUGAGCGAGAAGAUUCGACAAGCGGAGAAGAAUGUCAAAGCAGGUUCACGGGGAGGACAGCAUAGAUUCAAUGGCCAGGACACACAGCUGGACAAGGUCAUUCGUGAUAGCAACAAGAUUGCGGGUGAGGAAGUCACAGGACUCCUGGUCAGCGAGUUCAAGGCAAAGCUAUUCAAUACCGUUGGAGCUACGAUUGCCCAGGAAGACAAUGCGUCGAAGGCAUGA